CACAAGGAUCUGUACAAGGAGGCCAUGAUGGAGGAGCACCAGCCUCUUAUAUCACAAGAUGGAUCCAGAAGGAGAAAUCCCCCAGAGAGAUGUCCUCGUCCUCUGUAUUCCCAGGACUGUCCAGAGGAGAAGGUCCCGGAGAUUCCUCAGAGGACAAAUCAAGGGGAAGAUCUUACUGAUAUAAAAGUGGAAGAUGAAGAAGAGAGGAUGAUGGGCGAUCCCCUGUGUAAGAGUGAGGUGGAGGAGGACAUUCCAGGAGAGGUCACCACAGCAGAAAAUCUCAGUACAAAUUCUGAAGGAAACUUGUUGUCACUAAAUUAUAAAGUAGAAGAUGAAGAUAUGCAGCGCUCUUCAGGAGAAAAUAUUAAUGUACAUCCAGGACUUCACAGUACAGAUCUGUCAUAUAAUCUUCCUAAUCAUGAGGAACCUUCUCUUGACCAGAAAGAGGUUGAGAUGUUUCACUGUGGUAAAGCGUUCACAAAAAGAUCAAGUCUUUCUACAUACAGAAGAAUUCGCACCAGGGAGAAGCCAUACUCCUGUUCAGAAUGUGGGGAGUGCUUUACAGAUAAAUCAUGUCUUGUUAGACAUAAAAAAAAACACACAGGAGAGAUGUUUAAAUGUUCAGAAUGUGGGAAAGGUUUUAAAAUCAAAUCAAAUCUUGCUAUGCAUGAGAGAAUUCACACAAGAGAGAAGCCAUAUUCAUGUUCAGAAUGUGGGAAAUGUUUUAGAAAUAAAUCAAAUCUUGUUAUACAUGAGAGAAGUCACACAGGAGAGAAGCCGUAUUUAUGUUCAGAAUGUGGGAAAUGUUUUAAAGAUCAUUCAGGUCUUGUUAGACAUAAGAGAAAUCACACAGGAGAGAAACCAUAUUCCUGUUUAGAAUGUGGGAAAUGUUUUACACAAAAAUCAGAUCUUGUUAAGCAUGAGAGAAGUCACACAGGAGAGAAGCCAUAUUUCUGUUCAGAAUGUGGGAAAUGUUUUACCCAAAAAUCAAAUCUUGUUAAGCAUGAGAGAAGUCACACAGGAGAGAAGCCAUAUUUGUGUUCAGAAUGUGGGAAAGGUUUUACACGAAAAUUACAUCUUGUUACACAUCAGAGAUUUCACACAGGAGAGAAGCCGUAUUCAUGUUCAGAAUGUGGGAAAUGUUUUACAGAAAUAUCAGGUCUUGUUCGACAUGAGAGAAGUCACACAGGAGAGAAGCCGUAUUUGUGUUCAGAAUGUGGGAAAUGUUUUACACAAAAAUCAAAUCUUGUUACACAUCAGAGAUUUCACACAGGAAAGAAGCCUUAUUCAUGUUCAGAAUGUGGGAAAUGUUUUAAAAUAAAAUCAAAUCUUGUUAUACAUGAGAGAAUUCACACAGGAGAGAAACCAUAUUCAUGUUCAGAAUGUGGGAAAUGUUUUACAAAUAAAUCUAAUCUAGUUAUACAUGAGCGAAAUCACACAGGAGAGAAGCCAUAUUCAUGUUCAGAAUGUGGGAAAUGUUUUAAAGAUCAAUCACGUCUCGUUAGACAUAAGAGAAGUCACACAGGAGAGAAGCCAUAUUCAUGUUCAGAAUGUGGGAAAUGUUUUACACAAAAAUCUGAUCUUGUUAGGCAUGAGAGAAGUCACACAGGAGAGAAGCCAUAUUCAUGUUCAGAAUGUGGGAAAUGUUUUACACAAAAACCAUAUCUUGUUAAUCAUGAGCGAAGUCACACAGGAAAGAAGCCAUAUUCAUGUUCAGAAUGUGGGAAAUGUUUUACACAAAAACAAUAUCUUGUUAAGCAUGAGAGAAGUCACACAGGAGAAAAGCCAUACAUGUGUUCGGAAUGUGGGAAAUGUUUUACACAAAAAAUAAUCUUGUUACACAUCAGAGAUUUCACACAGGAAAGAAGCCUUAUUUAUGUUCAGAAUGUGGGAAAUGUUUUGCACAAAAAUCAGAUCUUGUUAAGCAUGAGAGAAGUCACACAGGAGAGAAGCCAUAUUUGUGUUCAGAAUGUGGGAAAUGUUUUACACGGAAAUCAGAACUUGUUACACAUCAGAGAUUUCACACAGGAGAGAAGCCAUAUUUAUGUUCAGAAUGUGGGAAAUGUUUUACAGAUACAUCAGGUCUUGUUAGACAUAAAAGAAGUCACACAGGAGAGAAGCAGUAUUUGUGUUCAGAAUGUGGGAAAUGUUUUACACAUAAAUCAAAUCUUGUUACACAUCAGAGAAGUCACGCAGGAGCAAAUUUCUAAAAUCAGCAGAUUCCAUUUGGAUACAAAUAAAUUCAAACCAAAGUGACAGUGCUCAGAUUGCCCUAAUAAAUUGUGGAUGACAUUCUGAAGUCUUGUAGGGCUUUAACGUCAAGGCAUCAUUGGCAAUCUUAAAGCGGCAGUGAAAUAUAUAGAUAUGGAUAACAUAUGGUGGCCGGUGGUAAU